AUCCUUGUCUUUGAGGUUAUCAAUAUCAAAAUUGUAAAACAUCGAACUUUAAAAAUAAUUAUUUAAUUUUCACACAAAACUGCAAAAAUAACAUUCGAAUAUGACAGAAUAUAAAAAGCCACCCCUCGACCCUGAUUUAGGAAAGUUUAUGGAGAAGAGUGACUAUGAUUCCCUGGCCAAAUAUCUUGUUGGAAACAACAGUAGGUUUCGCGAAAACAUUAUAAUUCCAAGAGUUCUGGGCCCUGUUAUUAUCAAGACUAAUGAAGAGAAGAUGAUUGAGGCUGCAGUCGAAAGCUGUCCGUUCAAAUCUUUCACGAGCUGUGUUAUUGGGUAUGGUCUCGGAGCAGCUGUCGGUUUGUUCACAUCGUCCCUAAUGCCAAACGUAACAGAUACCACAGCGCAACAAACUCAGACAGCGCGAGAAAUAUUGAGAGAAAUGAAAACCUCCAUGCUUAGUUAUGCAAAAAACUUCGCGAUGCUCGGCGCAGUAUUCUCUGGUAUUGAGUGCUGCAUAGAAACCGCUAGAGGCAAGUCGGAUUGGAAGAAUGGGACUUACGCAGGAGGAGUGACAGGCGGAUUGAUAGGAUUAAGGGGUGGUCUGAGGGCUGGUGUAUUCGGCGCAGCUGGGUUUGCAGCAUUCUCCACAGCCAUCGACUACUACAUGCAUCAAAGGGGUUAAUAAAUAAUAUUGUAGUGUUAAUAAAAUAAAUAAUUUAGUUCAAUCGUUUAUCUUAAA